CCUCUUUUUUUUUUUUUCCCUUUCCUUAUUGGGUAUGUUUGGUCGCCGGAGGAGAUCUGUGGUGGCGACAGGGUGAGGAUAUUAGCUGGUUUAGUUAAUUAAGAACUGAGAAAGAAUUUUUUUUUGGUAUCUAAGAGAAGCUGCAACAGAUCUUUCGUUUGCCAAAAUGAAGUUUAUGAAACUAGGAUCAAAGCCAGAUUCAUUUCAGACUGAUGGAAACAAUGUUAGGUAUGUGGCAGCUGAGUUGGCAACUGACAUUGUAGUUAAUGUUGGUGAUGUGAAAUUUUAUCUGCAUAAGUUUCCCCUGUUGUCCAAGAGCAUCCACUUGCAGAGGUUGGUCUCAACCACAGAUGAGGGAAACAAUGAUGAAAUCCACAUACCAGACAUUCCUGGGGGACCUGCUGCCUUUGAGAUAUGUGCCAAAUUCUGUUAUGGUAUGACUGUUACCCUCAAUGCUUACAAUGUGGUUUCAGCUCGUUGUGCAGCAGAGUAUCUAGAGAUGCAUGAGACUAUUGAGAAAGGGAAUCUCAUUUAUAAGAUUGAAGUCUUCCUCAACUCCAGCAUCUUUCAUAGCUGGAAAGACUCUAUAAUAGCUCUUCAGACGACAAAAUCUCUGCUUCCCUGGUGUGAGGAACUCAAGGUGAUCAGCCACUGUGUUGACUCCAUAGCUUCUAGGGCCUGCAUUGACCCUUCCAAAGUAGAAUGGUCUUAUACUUAUAAUCGUAAAAAGCUUCCAUCAGAAAAUGGGAUGGAACCACACUGGAAUGGUGUCAAGAAACAUCAGACAGUGCCCGAGGACUGGUGGGUUGAGGACCUGUGUGAGCUUGAAAUUGAUUUCUACAAACGGCUUAUGGUGACUAUCAAAACAAAAGGAAGAAUACCUGCUGAUGUAAUAGGGGAAGCCCUCAAAGCAUACACAUUGAGAUGGUUGCCAGGUUUGAUCAAGGGUAUUAUACAGGGUGAUGAUGUCAAGAACCGGUCUUUGGUGGAGACCAUUAUCUGGCUGUUGCCCACAGAGAAGGGCAGUGUUCCCUGUAAUUUCUUGGUCAAGCUGCUAAAAGCAGCUAUUAUGCUGGACUCAGGAGAAAUGGGGAAGGGAGAGCUGGUGAGAAGAAUAGGCCAGCAGCUGGAUGAGGCAUGCGUAGCAGAUCUCUUGAUUCGGGCACCAGCUGAGGAAAAUAUAAAGUAUGAUGUUGAUAUAGUAAAACGCAUAGUGGAAGAGUUUGUGAUGCAGGAGAAGAGUGCUGAAGCUGACCUACCAGUGGCUGAAGAGCUUCAGGAGUUCAGAAGCCCAGGGUUUGUAUCAGAUACUUCUAAGCUAACCGUGGCAAAGCUGGUUGAUGGCUACCUUGCUGAAAUUGGGCGUGAUCCAAAUCUUCCUCUCUCGAAGUUCCUCGAUCUUGCAGAAAUGGUAUCAGGAUUCUCCAGGCCAGCACAUGAUGGACUUUACCGUGCCAUUGACAUGUAUCUCAAGGAACAUCCUGGGAUUAGCAAGAGUGAGAAGAAGAGGAUAUGCCGGCUGAUGGACUGCAAGAAGCUGUCUGCAGAUGCAUGUAUGCAUGCUAUGCAAAACGAACGGCUCCCCUUGCGUGUAGUGGUACAGGUCCUCUUCUUUGAGCAGGUCAGGGCUGCCACAUCAUCCGCUGGUGGAAGUAGGCCUGACCUUUCUGGGAGUGUCCGGGCUGUGCUCCCACAUGAGAAUGGUGAAUCUCAUGAGAGCUCAAGAUCUACAACGACCAACACAGAUGAGGACUGGGAUGCUGUUCCAACAGCUGAGGAGCUGAAGGCCUUAAAGAGGGAGCUUGCAUCUUUGAGGUUGGGGGCGAGAAGUGGAGGCAGUGAUCGAUAUGGGAGUGAAGAUGCCAAAAGUAGCAUUGAGAAAACUGCGGCUAGUAAAGUGAAAGGACUACUGAUGUCAAAGAAAAUAUUCAACAAGCUAUGGUCGAGCAAAGGUGGACAGGGUGAGAAUAGCAGCUCUGAUACAUCUGAGAGCCCUGGUUCUGCCAACCCAGAGGAUGUCAAGUCCACAUCUUCAAGAACUAGGAGGAAUUCAGUCUCUUAGUAUAGCCAUAGAGAGAGUUUGAUGUGUGGGAGAAGGAGUGGAGUUGGCUUUUCUUCCUCCCUCGGCAUUAGGAACUUGGAACUAUUGACAUCUUCAAGUUGACACAGGAAGGAAAGGUGCACAGUGGGAGUCUUGAGCUAAGAAGUAGAUGCCUUUAGAAGAUUGGAAUUGAAUGCAGGUAAGAUACUCAUUCACUUCGUGAAAUAUGAAGCCUUCUGUACUUACUCAUGUUUCAUUUUUUUCUUCUUUUUUCUCUUUUAUUCUUUUCUUUAUCUUUCUAAGAAAAAAAUAAUGGGUUUUCAUGAGCCCAUUUUUGUUGUACCAUAAAAAAGAUGAAAUGCUACAUUUCUGGUUUCCAAGGCUUUCUAUUCCCUGGUUGCCUUACAUGUUAA